AUGUCCGCCAUACUGUCCGCCGACGACCUGAACGACUUCAUCAACCCGGGUGUAGCGUGCAUCAAACCGGUCGAGACACUACCCAAACAGCAGCCUAUCGAGGAUGGCAAUCCCUACGAAGUGACUACGGAGGAGAAGAUACAGGCCUCGCAGCCUCCUCCCCCCGCUCAGAUAUCUCUGACGGACUGUCUGGCUUGUUCGGGAUGUGUUACAAGUGCAGAAGCUGUGCUGAGUCAUAGUGAGGUCCUGGAUACUCUGGACAGGCAUGCAGAGAUCAAGGUAGCAGGAGAUGGAUCAUCUGUGGUCGGUCAAGAUGAUGGCAAGAUCUUUGUCGCAACCGUCUCGCCACAGACUCGUGCCAGUCUGGCGGCUACAUACAAGGUCUCGGAGCGAGAAGCUGGACAUGUGAUCAACCAGCUACUCAGCGGGCCCUAUGGCUUACGAUCUGGAGGCAUACAUGGCUCCGGCUUCAACUGGGUAGUCGACACCAACGUGAUGCGAGAAGUCGCUCUGGUCUCAGCUGCGGACGAAGCACAGCUGGCCCUCGAAACUCCUUCCGACGACCUCAAACGUCCAGUAUUGACCUCCGCUUGCCCUGGCUGGAUCUGCUAUGCCGAGAAGACACAUCCAUACAUCUUGCCUCACCUCAGCAAGCUGAAGUCUCCACAGGCUUUGACAGGUACCCUACUGAAGUCCGUGCUGUCGAAGAAACUGGGUGUCAGGCCCGACCAGAUCUGGCAUAUGGCAAUCAUGCCCUGCUUUGACAAGAAACUCGAGGCUUCUCGUGCCGAGCUCACGUCUCAUACUUGGCAUGGUCAGGAAGGCGACGCAGUGCGCGAUGUGGACUGCGUUAUUACAGCACGCGAACUGCUCAUGUUGGCCGAGAGCCGGAACAUCAGUUUUCCUUGUCUACCACGGACGCCAUUGCCCAAGCAUAUGAGACCUGCCUUCCCAGAUCCACACAUUAACGACUUCCUCUUCGGUCGACGAAGCAACAAGCGUUUUGCAGACAAAGAUACGACUAACACAGUCGGUACGAGUGGCGGCUACCUCCACCACAUUCUUCAGACCCAACAACGGCGAAACCCUGAGUCCUCAAUCCGCACUCAACGAGGCCGAAAUUCAGAUGUCGUGGAAUACUCUCUGGUGUCACCCAACGGCGAAAUCCUUUUCAAAGCAGCCCGCUACUACGGUUUUCGCAAUAUUCAGAACCUCGUCAGAAAACUACGACCCGCGCGACCGAGUCGAAUGCCAGGUGCUGCUUCUACUGCUAUGCGGAAGGGUCGAGCACGGAAACCUGGCGGUGUUGAGGCUGGCGGCGGUACGGAUGGUCAGGACUAUGCCUAUGUGGAGGUUAUGGCUUGUCCGGGCGGAUGCACGAAUGGUGGAGGACAGAUCAAAAUUGGAGAUGUGCUUACUUUGAGGCAAGUAGGGGGCACCGGUGUGGAGAAUGGUAGUACCGAGCAGGAGAUCCUGCCGAUGCAGAGGGAGUGGCUGGGACUGGUUGACGAGGCUUAUUGGAGUGCGGAAGACUCAGGCAAAGAGGAUGAAGAUGUGCGUGGUCCGGAUGGGGAUGGCGAUGUGGAUAUGCAUAACGGCGACGACUGUGGACCACAUGAUGAUGACAAUGUGAUCGAUGGUAUCGAUCGGCGGAAAGUGCACCAAAUGCUGCAGCACUGGAGUGAGAUUACGAGUGUGGAGCUGGACAAGCUGGUUUGUACCACAUACCGUGCUGUUGAGAGCAACGUAGGCAAGAACGGAGGCGAAGCUAGCGAGGUCGAGAAAGUCUCCGCCCUGGCUGUAGCGGCAGGUGGAGGAUGGUAA